AUGGGUCGCCCCACGCGACAAAAACAAUCCAAUAUAAGGAAUCUGGCCAACUGGAAAGCCGCGCAGGCUGAAGCGAGGAUACUUGCGGAGGAACAGCAACGCGGGAGCACACAAAAUCGUCGGGCAACUCUCCCAGCUGCAAGUCCUCGACAGCUAAAUGGACGUUUGACAAAUGGCCCAAGACGCUCUUCGACACCUCGAUCUUCAAUUGCCACGAGUUCCCAAGCCGUCAAACGGAAGUUAAGAUCAUUGGCUAACAUAAUUUAUUUUUCGUUUCUGCUGGCAUUCUUCGGGAACAACAAACAUGACGGUGCAGAAGCCGCCUGUCAAGCUCAGGGAGCCAAACUUUCGGGAUUUCAAACUACCGAUGAAUCAAUGAGAGCUACACACCUCCUCAGAGCUGUUAUCAAUCAGGCAUCCCCUGGCGCUAACACUGUAGCCUGGCUUGGCGGGAUCAGAAAAGCCAGCUGCCCAACUGUCCAGUCUUGUACCCCGGCUAACAGUUAUCAAUGGACAGAUGGCCAUACAACUGGCACCGCUGGCUUCACUUUUGGCGUUAAUCAACCUGAUAUUCUUGGCGGAGUACAAUUCUGCCUGACGCAAAAUGUACACGCAAAAGUCGACUCGGGCCUCACUUCUGCUCAGUGGCACUUUUUCAAUGGGAAUCUGGAUGAUGUCGAGUGUUAUGCCACUCUUAAUACAUACUUGUGUGGAAAAGUUCCAAAUUGA